AUGACUUUUUUUCGAGCUAUUCAGAAUCAAAGCAAAGUGGUGGUGGUGGUGGUGGUUUUUGUAGCACUUUCCCUCAUUAACUGCUCCUCCAGCCUCAAGCUGGGAGAAACUUGUGGGUCUAAUAGUCAAUGCGACGCUGGCCUCCAAUGUGAAACAUGCCCUGCAAAUGGGAAUACCCGACCGAGAUGUACAAGGAUCCAACCUACGAACCCCACUUCCAAAGUAAAAGGUUUGGCUUUCAACCGGUAUUCGUGGUUAACGAGCCAUAACUCUUACGCUCAAUCUGGAGUUAAUUCGGACACGGGAUCUAUAAUUAUAUCCCCAACAAACCAAGAAGACACGGUUGCCCAUCAACUCAGUAAUGGCGUUCGAGGCCUCAUGUUGGAUAUGUAUGACUUUGAAAACGAUAUCUGGUUAUGUCACUCCUUCCAAGGCAAAUGUUAUAAUGCCACUUCAUUUAAACCUGCUAUAAACGUGCUUAAAGACAUCCAAUCAUUUCUGGAAUCAAAUUCAUCAGAAAUUGUCACCAUCUUCAUUGAAGACUACGUGACAUCACCCCAAGGACUUACCAAGGUGUUUAAUGCUUCUGGGUUGAACAAGUACUUGUUCCCAGUGUCUAGCAUGCCUAAAAAUGGUGAAGAUUGGCCAACCGUUGAUGACAUGGUUCAGAAGAAUCAACGGUUGAUCGUUUUCACAUCCGAAUCUUCUAAAGAAGCUUCUGAGGGAAUUGCUUACCAAUGGAACUACGUGGUAGAAAACCAAUAUGGAGAUGAAGGAAUGAAAGCUGGUUCUUGUCCAAACCGUGCAGAAUCUUCAGCUAUGAACACGAAAUCAAGGUCACUGGUUCUUGUGAACUAUUUUCGUACUGAUCCUAAUGCAAGCAUGGUUUGUGCUGACAAUUCGGCUCCAUUAGUUAGCAUGAUGAACACUUGCCAUAAUGCUUCCGGUAACCGGUGGCCAAAUUUCAUUGCUGUUGAUUUUUACCAGAGGAGUGAUGGCGGAGGAGCUCCAGAAGCUGUUGAUGAAGCAAAUGGCCAUUUGACUUGCGGAUGUGACAACAUUGCCUAUUGCAAGGCAAAUGCCACAUACGGAACAUGCGAUGUGCCUCCCAUUUCUCCACCACCACCUGCGGCUGAUACCACCACCACCACCGGAGAAAACCAGCCGUCGCAAAGCAAUGCUUAUAUGGAGACAUCUGCCAAGAUGCUUCAAUCAUUUGGGAUAAUUUUGGGAAUGACCACUUUCCUGACUUGGUUAUAGAACCUUUACAAUAUAUCUAUAUAUAUUUCGCAGGGCUUCAUUCUUUUAACCAUAUAAAUAUGUGCAUGUGGACUCUUGUAAAUUAAA